AUGAAUCCUGCUCAAGAGUUAUUGAAUAUGUCGUUGCUUCUCUCCCUACUUGUUUUCCGAUUUUGCAUUUCCCUUGACACCAUUUCCCCGAACAAGCCCGUUAAAGACGGUGACAUACUGGUUUCGAAAAGAGAAACUUUCGCACUUGGGUUUUUCAGCCCCGGAAACUCUGGCCGCCGCUACGUCGGAAUAUGGUAUUACAAAGUUUCUGAACAGACCGUUGUGUGGGUGGCAAACAGAGACAGCCCUCUCAAUGACACCUCCGGAGUCCUCUCCAUCAACGGCCAUGGAAACCUCGUUCUUAACAGCAAAAACCGAAGCACUCCAAUCUGGUCUACAAACGCUUCAGUCUCAUCCCCAAACAAUUCCAUGGCUCAGCUCUUAGAUUCUGGGAAUCUUGUUUUGGUUCUACCAGACAGCCAAGGGGUUUCAAUUUCAUGGCAGAGCUUCGACUAUCCCACCAAUACUAUGCUUCCGUUCAUGAAACUUGGGCUGGACCGGCGGACCGGAUUCAACCGGUACCUAACAUCUUGGAAGUCCAAAGAUGACCCAGGAACCGGCAACUUCUCAUAUGGGAUUGACCCAAAUGGGUACCCACAAUUGUUCUUAUACAAGGGUGGGACUCCCUUGUGGCGGGCCGGACCUUGGACCGGCAAAACAUGGAGCGGUGCACCCGUAAGGAUACCUAGUUUCGUGAAUCAUAGUUUUGUGGACAAUCAAGAUGAGGCCACAACCAUGUACGCUGUAAGUAAUCCUGAACUACUUUUCACAAGAUUAGUGUUAAAUGAAUCAGGAGCCGUUGAGCGGUCCACAUGGCACAAUAGCAAGUGGCUCGAGUUUUGGUCGGUCCCGAGAGAGUGUGAUACAUACGGAGAGUGUGGUCCAAACAGUUACUGCGAUCCAUAUGAUGUCAAAAAAUUCCGGUGCACAUGCUUACCUGGGUUCGAACCCAGGUCAACCCGUGAUUGGAACAUGAGAGACGGGUCGGGCGGGUGCGUGAGGAGGCAAGGAGCAUCCACGUGCCGAAGCGGUGAAGGAUUUAUGAAGCUGGUACGUGUGAAGAUGCCGGAUACUUCUAUGGCACGUGUGGACAUGAGUCUGAGUUUGAAGGAAUGUAGGGAGGAGUGCCUGAGGAACUGUUCUUGUUCGGCUUACAGCAGUGCAGAGGAGAUAAGGGGAAGGAUUGGGUGCUUGUCAUGGCCCAGAGAUUUGGUGGACAUCAGAACCUAUCCCAAUGCAGGACAAGAUUUGUUUAUACGUGUGGAUGCAGCUGUACUAGCCCAAUAUGCAAAGAAAAAUGGUGUUAUGCAGAGCAAGAGGAUGGUGGCGAUUCUUGUGGUUUGUAUUGGUCUAAUGUCGCUUCUUGUGGUCUCCAUUGCGUAUUGGUUGGUAAUGAGGAGGAAAAAAGGAAAAAGGCAAAGCAAAUAUUUAACUUUUGUUACCUCGAGUUCAGCCUACUUUGAAGAAUCUCCAAAGGAGCUGGAUGGGAGUACAAGAAAUUCAGAUUUACCAUUCUUUGAUCUAAGUAUCAUAAUUGCAGCCACAGAUAAUUUCUGUGAUGCUAACAAGCUUGGACAAGGUGGUUUUGGUUCAGUUUAUAAGGGUGUCUUAGAUAAUCAGAAGGAAAUUGCGGUAAAAAGACUAUCAAAGUACUCCGGACAAGGAAUAGAAGAAUUCAAAAAUGAAGUGACAAUAAUUGCUAAACUCCAACACAGGAAUCUUGUGAGGAUUCUUGGUUAUUGUGUUCAAGGAGAAGAGAAGAUGUUAAUUUAUGAGUAUUUGCCAAACAAAAGCCUCGACUUUUUCAUUUUUGACGAAACAAAAAAGUUAUUGUUAGAUUGGAGAAGACGCUUCGAGAUUAUUUAUAGUAUUGCUCGAGGUCUCUUAUAUCUUCAUCAAGACUCAAGAUUACGAAUUAUCCAUAGAGACUUAAAGGCCAGCAAUGUUCUACUCGACAACACAUUGAAUCCAAAAAUUGCAGAUUUUGGUAUGGCUAGAAUCGUUGGAGAGGACCAAAUUGAAGCAAAUACAAAUCGCGUUGUCGGAACAUAUGGUUAUAUGUCACCAGAAUAUGCAAUGCAAGGGCUAUUUUCAGUGAAGUCUGAUGUAUAUAGCUUUGGGAUUUUGGUGCUGGAGAUCGUUUGGGACCUAUGGAGAGAAGAUAAAGCCAUGGAAAUAGUUGAUUCAUCACUAGGUGACCAAUAUGCUAAUGAAGUUUUGAGAUGUAUUCAAAUUGGGCUUUUGUGCGUGCAAGAACAUGCAACGGAUAGACCAACCAUGUCAGCAGUUGUUUUCAUGUUGGGUAAUGAUACAACUGUUACUUGUCCAAAACAACCUGCAUUUAUCCUAAAGAGCACUUACAAUAGUAGAGAAGGAACUAAUUCUCUUCAGCCUAUAAUUUUCAUCGGAAAAACCACCAUGAAUCCUGCUAAAGAGUUAUUGAAUACAUCGUUGCUUCUCUCCCUACUUGUUUUCCGAUUUUGCAUUUCCCUUGACACCAUUUCCCCCAACAAGCCCUUUAAAGACGGUGACAUCCUGGUUUCGAAAGAAGAAACUUUCGCACUUGGGUUUUUCAGCCCGGGAAACUCUAGCCGCCGCUACGUCGGAAUAUGGUAUAACAAAGUUUCUGAACAAACCGUUGUGUGGGUAGCAAACAGAGACAAACCUCUCAAUGAUACCUCCGGAGUCCUCUCCAUCAACAGCCAUGGAAACCUCGUCCUUACCAACAACCUAAGCACUCCAAUCUGGUCUACAAACGCUUCAGUCUCAUCCACAAACAAUUCUAUGGCUCAGCUCUUAGAUUCUGGAAAUCUUGUUUUGGCUCUACGAGACAGCCAAAGGGUUAUAUGGCAGAGCUUCGACUAUCCCACCAACACAAUGCUUCCUUUCGCGAAACUUGGGCUGGACAGGCGAACCGGGCUCAAUCGUUACCUAACAUCUUGGAAGUCCAAAGAUGAUCCGGGAACCGGCAACUGCUCAUAUGGGAUUUACCCAAAUGGAUACCCGCAAUUGUUCUUAUACGAGGGUGGAACUCCCUUGUGGCGGGGCGGAUCUUGGACCGGCCGGAGAUGGAGUGGUGCACCCGUAAGGAUAACGAAUUUCGUUAGUCCUAGCUUUGUGGACAAUCAAGAUGAGGUCACUACCAUGUCUAGCUUAAUUAAUCCUAAAGUACUCACAAGAUUAGUGUUGGAUGAAUCAGGAGCCGUUGAGCGGUUAACAUGGAACAAUAAUAAAUGGGUCACAUUUUGGUCCGCCCCGAAAGACUGUGAUAAGUACGGAGAGUGCGGUCCAAAUAGUUAUUGCGAUCCAUAUGAUCCCAACAAAUUUCAGUGCACAUGCUUACCCGGGUUCAAACCCAGGUCAACCCAUGAUUGGAACAUGAGAGACGGGUUGGGCGGGUGCGUGAGGAGACAAGGAGCAUCCACGUGCCGCAGCAGAGAAGGGUUUGUGAAGUUGGCACGUGUGAAAGUGCCGGAUACUUCAAUAGCACGUGUGAACAUGAGUUUGAGUUUGAAGGAAUGUGAGCAGGAGUGCUUGAGGAACUGUUCUUGUACGGCUUACAGCAGUGCAGAUGAGACAAGGGGAAGGAUUGGGUGCUUGUCAUGGCAUGGGGACUUGGUGGACAUCAGAACAUUUGCCAAUGCAGGACAAGAUUUGUAUAUACGUGUGGAUGCAGUUGUACUAGCUCAAUAUGCAAAGAAAAAUGGUCUUAUGCAGAGCAAGAGCAUGGUGGCCAUUCUUGAAUCUGCAAGGGAGCUCGAUGGGAGUACAAGAAAUUCAGAUUUACCAUUCUUUGAUCUAAGUAUCAUAAUUGCAGCCACAUAUAAUUUCUCUGAUGCUAACAAGCUUGGACAAGGUGGUUUUGGCUCAGUUUAUAAGGGUCUCUUAGAUAAUCAGAAGGAAAUUGCAGUAAAAAGACUAUCAAAGUACUCCGGACAAGGAAUAGAAGAAUUCAAAAAUGAAGUUACAAUAAUUGCUAAACUCCAACAUAGAAACCUUGUAAGAAUUCUAGGUUAUUGCAUUCAAGGAGAAGAGAAGAUGUUAAUCUAUGAGUAUUUGCCAAACAAAAGCCUCAACUUUUUCAUUUUUGAUGAAACAAAAAGGUCAUUGUUAUAUUGGGAAAAACGCUUUGAGAUUAUUUGUGGAGUUGCUCGAGGACUCUUAUAUCUUCAUCAAGACUCAAGAUUAAGAAUUAUCCACAGAGACUUAAAAGCUAGCAAUGUCCUGCUUGACAAUGCAUUAAAUCCAAAAAUUGCAGAUUUUGGUAUGGCUAGAAUCGUUGGAGUUGACCAAAUUGAAGCAAAUACAAAUCGCGUCGUCGGAACAUAUGGUUAUAUGUCACCAGAGUAUGCAAUGCAUGGACUAUUUUCAGUGAAAUCUGAUGUAUAUAGCUUUGGGAUUUUGCUGUUGGAGAUCAUUACUGGCAAAAAGAACAAUGCUUAUUAUCAUGAAGGCCCCUCCUCCAAUUUGAUCGGGCAUGUUUGGGACCUAUGGAGAGAAGAUAAAGCCAUGGAAAUAGUUGAUUCAUCAUUGGGUGACCAAUAUGCUAAUGAAAUUUCAAGAUGUAUUCAAAUUGGGCUUUUGUGUGUCCAAGAAUAUGCAACAGAUAGGCCGACCAUGUCAACAGUUGUUUUGAUGUUGGGUAAUGAUACAUCUCUUCCUUAUCCAAAACAACCUGCAUUCAUCCUAAAGAGCACGUACAAUAGUAGGAAUAGAUCAAUUAGUGAAGGAGCUAAUUCUGUAAAUGAAGUAACAAUUACUAUGAUUGAUGCUCGCUAG